AUGGGCCCCAGAGCAGGUGCCCUGGUGAGCCCGGGCCUCGCCCUCCUGGUGUCACUCACUGCCCACUGCUCUCACCCCCAGGCCGAGGGCGCCUCCCAGGGAGGCCUGGAUGCCAGCAGGGCCGACCUGUGGGCCAGUGCCAGCGCCUCCCUCCUGCAAGGCUUCUGGUGCCAGCCAGCCGGCCAGCUGUCCCGCGACCAACUUGCAGCUCUCAUCCGGAGGAUGGCAACGCAACACGUCCUCCUCAGAGCCUGGCAGCUCAGCUGCCUGGCCAACCUGGCCGCCCGACAAGGCCUCCAGGGCGACUUCGCUCUCCACCCCCCCGACCUGCUGCUCUUCUACAACCUGACGCAGGUGGAGGAAGCGGACUGCCGGGCCUUCAUCCGCCGUGCUGCCCAGGGAGACACAAAGCUGCUGGCCAACCUGCCCGACCAGAGGGCCGCCCUGCAGCACAGGGCCCUGGCCUGCCUGGGAGGGCCCCAGCCAAGGCUCAGCGCCUCCGACCUGCUGCUCCUCGGGGUCCUGGUGUGUGACAUGGACGCUUCCAGCAUCGCGGCUGCAGACCCCCAUGUGCUACAGAACCUGCGGCACUGUCCCCGGCUCACCGCUGCCCAGCAGGCUGCCCUCAACAGGCUGUUGGCCAGUGGCAGGACCGUCCUCGGGCCCCCUGGCUCCUGGAACCUGGAGGGGCUGCAGGCUCUGGGACCCCUGGCCUCAUACAUCAGCCCUGGGCUGUGGAUGCAGCUGCAGGAGGCCGUGGGCCUGGACUUCUUCCGCAGCAUAGUGGCCGCAUACCGGGCAGGGCAGCUCAGGCAGCGUGAUGCCAGGCGCUUUGUUACCAGCUUCCUCGAGGCCAAGUCCAGGGCAGUGUCUUCACCAUCCAAGCGGGACACAGGUCAACCCUGCAUCCGUGGCAACAUCACUGCGGCCACCCUGCACGACGACCUCUUCCUGGUGCGCUACGACUGCGGGCAGCUCGAGUCCUGCCUGGGCAGCCGCGUGCUCAGGGCCAACCUGGACCCCCUGCUGCAGCACCCGCUGCCGGCCGAGUGCCAGCAAGUCGUCAAAGCUAAGCUAGCUAGGGUCUACCCGGGAGGAGUCCCUGAGGAGCAGCUGCGGCUCAUCCCCUCGCUGGCCUACCUCUACUCCCUCUCGGAGAUUGGUCAGUGGCACAUCACAUCCAAGGACACGGUCGUGACCCUGCUGGCCCCAGAUGGGGCCCUGGAGAACCAGACCGAGGCCAUCCUGCAGAAGUUCCUGGACCACAAUGGCACCAUCACUGGUGCGCUGCUCGUGGCCAUUGGGGGCUCUCGCCUCUGCUGGAUGAGCCCCCGGCAGAUCCAGGCCAUCCGGCCCUCAGAGUUCCGGCUGGCCGGGGCCCUGGACAUCUCCUCCUGCCCUCAGACCCGCAAGAACGUGCUCUUUGACAAGGCCCGCGAGGCCUUCUCCAGCGCCAGCACCACCGACACCUACUACCGCUUCAUGCGCCCCUACCUCGGCGGUGCCCCCGUGGAGGAGCUGCGGCACCUGGCCCAGGCUAACGUCUCCAUGGACAUCGACACCUUCACCAACCUGAACCCCCGAGUGCUGCAGAGCCUGAGCGUGGGCAACGUGACGACGCUGCUGGGUCCGAACGUGGGGGACCUGCAGAAGGCUCGGAGCCACCCUAUCAUCAGCUCCUGGCUCCGCAGCCUCAAUCGGUCAGCCCUGAGCGAGCUGGGCCUGGACACGGGCCCCACCGGCCCCACCAGCUCUGCCCACCCGACCACUGGGACGCCCAGCACCACCCUCUGGACGCGCCAUCAAGCCCCCACCUCAGAAGGGCCUGGGAGCACCGCCCCCAGCUCGGGCAGCCCACCAGCCCACCUGGGGUACCUGCCCCUGGCUAUGGCCCUGCCCGCAGGCCUCCUAUGGCUGCUGUAUGGAGGCUCGCCAAGGCCCAGCUGGGGCCACCCGCAGGGGAUCUGCAGCACGGUGGAGGACUGCACUGCCCCAGCUCCACAUGCAGGAGAACAGGGCUUGGCACGGGGAGCUGGACGCCUGCCUGGACCAAGAUGCAGGCCCCAGGGGCCCUGGCCACAUCCCCCAUCCUAG